ACAGCAGAAAUGUGCACAAUCAGGGUUAACUUAAAUCUGAACUAAACUCCAAGCCACACUAGUUGGAAGUCUUCCCAGCCAACUCACCACGACAGCAAACUGUUGUGAGAGGCAAAGUGAAAAACAGCAUGGACCUCUUACAGAAAAAAGAAUCUAAGGAAAAUACGUUCACUUUUAUUCCUACAGGGGAUAAUGCUCCAAAAGGUGUUUGCCCUGCUGAGAAAAAAUCCCCGAAAAUAUGUGGUACCAAUUACCCUCUCAGCAUUGCCUUCAUUGUGGUGAACGAGUUUUGUGAGCGCUUCUCCUACUAUGGCAUGAAAGCUGUUUUGACGUUGUACUUCCUUUACUUCCUCCACUGGGAUGAGAAUACAUCCACUUCAGUAUACCAUGCCUUCUCGAGUUUGUGUUACUUUACACCUGUUAUUGGUGCAUUUAUUGCCGACUCUUGGCUGGGAAAAUACAAAACAAUCAUUUAUCUUUCCAUUGUUUACGUGAUUGGGCAUGCCAUCAAGUCAGUUGGGGCCAUACCAGUGGUGGGAAACCAGAUUGUUCAUGUGGUUCUGUCCAUGACUGGCCUGUCUCUGAUUGCUCUUGGAACGGGAGGGAUCAAGCCUUGUGUGGCGGCAUUCGGUGGUGACCAGUUCGAAGAGGAGCAUGCUCAGGAAAGAAGCAAAUUCUUCUCUGUCUUCUACUUAUCAAUUAAUGCAGGAAGCUUGAUCUCCACUUUCAUUACUCCUGUGCUGAGAGGAGAUGUGAAGUGCUUUGGAGGAGACUGCUAUGCUCUGGCUUUUGGUGUUCCUGCUGUUCUGAUGGUUAUAGCUCUUGUUGUGUUUAUUGCUGGAAAUGGGAUGUACAAAAAGACUCCGCCGCAAGGAAAUGUUUUGCUUGAAGUUUGCAAGUGCAUUUGGUUUGCUCUUACAAACCGCAUAAAGAAUCGCUCUCAGCAGAUUCCCAAGAGGGAGCAUUGGCUAGACUGGGCAUCAGAAAAAUACUCAAACCAACUGAUCACUGAAGUGAAAAUGGUGACACGAGUCUUGUUUCUCUUUAUCCCACUGCCAAUGUUCUGGGCUCUGUUUGAUCAACAGGGUUCUAGAUGGACACUCCAAGCCACUAAAAUGAAUGCUGAUUUUGGAAGAUUUGUCCUUCAACCUGACCAGAUGCAGUUUUUAAAUCCUCUCUUGAUCCUUGUCUUCAUCCCAAUUUUUGACUUGGGGCUUUACCCUUUGAUAAAUCUGUGCAAAUUUAAUUUCACCCCCAUUAAAAAGAUGGCAACUGGUAUGAUCCUUGCGGGCCUGGCAUUUGCAGCUGCAGCUGUUAUAGAGCUCAAGAUAGAGGAAAAUGCUAUGCCUGAUCCAGUUCCAAAAGAAAGUUACAUUCAAGUUCUGAAUCUGGCAGACAGUAAUAUUGAAGUGGCAGUUCCAGAUCAUGACCUAUUUCAGCUAUCAAUUGAACCAUUUCAGGACCCUGAUGGCUACUCAGAAUUAAUUUUGACUGGUGCCCAACAGAGCCUUCGUUUUAGAAUACAGUAUCGAGGAUCAUCUUUCACAUUUAAUCAUACUGUCCAGGAAAAGUCAGUGUACAGCUUAAUUGUCUACAAGGCAGAAGGAAACCUAACAAGUUACUUAAUUAAAGACAUGUGGGAAAAGCCAUCAGAAGGAAAGGCAGCAAUAAGAUUUGUUAAUAUCUUGGCUCAAGAUGUCAACAUCACUCUUGGCAAAGAAGAAUUUGUCAAAAGUUACAGUGCUUCAGACUACCGGGUAGUGGAGAGAGGAAGAUACAACAAUGUAAAAUGUCAAACAGAAGCAGAAGAAUCCAUCCUGCACCUAGGUCUGCUUGAUUUUGGAGCUUCAUACACUGUUUUUAUAACAAGCAAUACUUCGGCAAAGAUGCUUGAAGCAUGGAAGACAGAAGACAUCCCAGCCAAUAAUAUUCACAUUGCUUGGCAGAUUCCUCAAUACUUGUUAAUAUCAGCUGGGGAAGUGAUGUUCUCCGUUACAGGACUUUCUUUCUCUUAUUCCCAGGCUCCUGUCAGCAUGAAGUCAGUACUACAAGCUGGCUGGCUAUUAACUGUAGCCUUUGGAAAUGUUAUUGUGCUCAUUGUUGCCCAGGCUGCACCUCUGGAACAGUGGGCUGAGUUUGUCUUAUUUGCUGUGCUCCUCUUUGUCGUGUGUGUCAUUUUCUCCAUCAUGGGAUACUUUUACACUAGCAUCAACCCAGAAGAACUCAUUGAUAAAGACAACAAGCAACAUACAAGCAAUAAAAAUAUGAUUGGUCUUGUUGCCACGAAAACAGAGCUAUAAGA